UUUUUUUUUUUCUUGUUGUCGAUUUCUUUGCAAAUAACCGGAAAAUCUUGUUCACUUUUUCCUGGGGUGGGCUUUUGUCAGACCACAAUUAUGAGACCGGGUUUCGACAGCUCUCGCGAUUCCCCAGGUGGAUUCUUUUUCCGAUUUCGAUUUCAGCAAAAAUUGAUGAAGUUUUCGCCGAAAAACUGGAUUAGAGAGACCAUUUUGUUCACUUUUUCCCUCCGACAUUCAACCAUAGAGCUUCAAAAAGACCACGGCAAUCGAUUCCUCUCGAAAUUCCCCAGAUGGAAUUUUUUUUCCGAUUUUCCGAAAAAAAUCUGGUUCAAAGGCAAAUUUCAGAGCCAUGAACCAGCUGUCGCUGCUCCCGAGCCAUUGGACGACAGCACAUCUUCUCCGAUGGAAGUCGUUGACGAACCACACGACGACCACGACGAAGCCUGGUGCGACGAAGACGCCGGUGCCGCCUCGGGUGGAAGUCAGGCCACACUGUCUUUCGGGUCCGCUGCUGCUCUCGGUGAGUCUCCAGCAGCUUGCGCCGCACUGUCUUGGGUUCGCGAGGUUGCGCCGCCUCGGCGUGCGGAGGGACCUUGUCGGCAGACUCUCAGCCGUCGCAGACAGGUUGCGCUAGGGGCUGCGAAACGUCAGAUGGCGAGCUAUAUGGCCGGCUGGCUGACGCGUGGAGCGGAGCAGCAGUCACAGCAGUCAUUACCUCAAAGUUCGGAGACGCAACGUGCGGCGGAACCACUGCUUGAAGAGGACGACAGCAGUGCGGUGCCUGCUGCUGCGUGCACCGCUGAGCCAGGCAGCGACGGCGGCCGCGAUAGCAACAGCGAUAGCUGCAGCGAAACCGACAUGCUUGUUGAAGAUGGUGUGGAUCUACCAUUGCAGGAGUGGGUCGGUGAGGGCGAGCAAGCAGAAGCGCAAGGAGCUGUGGAGGAACACUGCGACGAUGGGGGUUCCGUGGAUCAUUAUGACCAAAAAGUCGCAUUUUGUCCAAACACAAAAAACUCAUCGGAUAUCGACGCAGCUCGACGCCGCCGUCACGGCCAAAGCAGUUUCACCUUCCAAAUCGUUUUUGUUCGAAAGUUAUCGCUGACAAACAAAAUGGACAAAUUGUCCUGGACUGACCAUAUGACAAACGUCGCGAAGAAGAGGAGCAGUCAUCCAGGGUGCAUCAAGAUACCAUCAUUUGGAAACGACGGUAGCAAGAAGGCGGAGUUCUGCUCUCAGCAUGCGCAACAGGGUAUGGUUGACGUUUGUAGCAAGAGGUGCUGCCAUCCAGAUUGCACCACACGGCCGAACUACGGUGAGGACGGCAGCAAGAAGGCGGAGUUCUGCUCUCAGCAUGCGCGUCAGGGCAUGCUUAAUAUUCGUAGCAAGAGGUGCUGCCAUCCAAAUUGCACUAAGGGGCCGUCAUUCGGCGAAGACGGCAGCAAGAAUGCGGAGUUUUGCUGUCAAUAUGCGCUACAGGGCAUGGUUGACGUGGUCAACAGGAAGUGCCGCCAUCCAGGUUGCAAAAAGCGGGCAUCAUAUGGGCAAGACGGCAGCAAGAAGACGGAGCUCUGUGCCCAGCACGCGCUACGCUAUGGUCAAUGUAGCAAGCGGUGCGGCCAUCUACAGUGUACGAAGCGGGCGUCAUACGGAUAAGCCGGCACGAAGAAGGCGGAGUUCUGCUCUCUGCACGCCAAGCGAGAAAUGGUCAAUGUGCGGCAUACCGCGUGCUAAAGCGCAGGGGUCGCAUUGUGAGGUCUUGCUGGGUGGGUGGCUCGAUGGCACUCGGAAAAAUGGUCGUGGUUUGAGGUGCACUACGAGCGACUCCGUGAGGUUUGAACUGGAUACAUGGCUUCCUUGGCAUCAUUCAUUCUUCACGAACGUUGCCGUGGUUCGGAAGUCAUGGAGUAUGAAUUGGUUGACCAAUUGUCUUGCAGAUACGUUGACCUCAGCAUGAUAUGUGAAGACGAUAUAUGUUGUCUGAUAUGGUCGGUUUUUUAGAGACAUGCAUGGAUUCGGGUCGGCAAGGCGGUUCAAAAGUCAAAGCAAAACCAUGUACCGAGUUGGAGGAUCGGCUCGAUGUCCCCGAAUAGAACUGUGGCCAGAAUGCGACACAGAUGAUGAACCGCAGUUCGGUGAUGGAUGCCCAAGUGAUAGGGCGUCACGCGAAUGUGUACCCGAAAAUAUUUGCAGAGUUUGCCUUGGCGUGCACCUGGCUUGACCCUUGAGCUAUGGCCGAGCGCAUGCGAUCAAUCUGUAGCCUUGCUUUCUUCUUGGUGCGGUUGUGGGAGCUAGUGUUGCCGCGUUCCAUGUGUAAAUCGUUGAUAGAUGCCUGUAAAUGAUACCAGGCUCAGGACCAAUGCUGAAGGUCCACAACGAGACUUGUCUUCUUCCACAUGGAUGCUCAUAUGUUGCGGUUUUAGGGGCCACGAAUGUCAACAUUCGUAGAUGGUGGUUACACGAUCUUCGGGGAUUGGCGAAGCCUUUUGAAGCCAAGUUGGUCCGGCGCGACUAGCGGUGUAGACCGAAGUAUGUGUAGGCGAGGUCACCGUGGGGCAGGCGAGGUCACCGUGGGGCAGGUGAUUCUCCCAACAUAGGUCUCACGUUGUAGUUGACGCGUUUAACGCCAACAUUGCGUUGCGAGUUGUAUGUGUUUGUCACGACUUCACGCACGUGGAGGGUUUUGCAGAUGAUGGGUACGGCGAAGUUGGAGCAAAAUCGUAGUCCGUUUUCCAAGAGUAUUCUUGUUGGGCAACCCCAUAGAGGAAGAAGUAUAUGUCUUUGUUUUAAGCGUGAUGUCUGAAGUGUGUUCAUUGUGG